GUGUCAGCACGUGGGUUUUGGUUUAUAUUUUUCCGGCACCGAUGUAGAAAGGUCACGUGAGAGAGCUUGAGCUCGAGCCAGGAAGAAUUUUCAAGAUGAUAACACUCUCCUCGAAGCCUCCGUUAUUUGAAAUACCAGAUUUUCUGGACGAAAGUGAAAGCAAUCACAUCAUUAGUUUGGCCGAAAAGGUUGGCCUGCGAGGGAGUGAUCUCCACCUUGAUGAAGAACUCGAGAAAAGCAAAGAAGUGGUUCGAGGAAAUGCAAGUGGUUCUGCUGGGAAUUUCUUUAAUUGGGACAGAAAUGAAGAUGGAGUCAUUUCAAGAGACGAGAUCAUUAACUUUGCGGAAGAUUUUAAAUAUCUUUACCUCAGUCCAGAGGAAGUAGAUAAUAUGAUAAGCAAGCUGAACAUUGAGGAAUUUGAUGAUGAGCAAGUAACCCAAAAAGAGUUUGCCACACUGCCGACAGCUGCCAUGGACGAAUACAUGAACGAUAUUAAAGAAAAGCACCCAGCACACCGCGAGCGGUUUAGUAACCAGGCCUGGCUACUUCAAGGAAAGCGGGCUGAUCACGUGCUACAAAGAUUGCGAAAGAGGCUUGCUAAACUUUUGAGGCUUUCAGAUCGAACCAUAAGAGGAGGCGAACCUCUACAGGUGGUCAAGUAUGAUGUAGAUGGUCAUUAUAAUGCUCACUAUGAUAGUCAGAAUGUGGCCAAUCAAUCACACGUUAAAUGCUGCCACUUGGAGCUGGCUUUGCUGCCGAACUGUAGAGUCUGCAGGUACGCUACAGUGUUGUACUAUCUAAAUGAUGUGAAGUACGGAGGAGAAACUGCGUUUCCUGUUGUCGACGAGAACACUUUUGAUAAACAGGCAUGGAUCAAUACCAUGCAACACGACAAGUUUAACUUAAUGCAGUACUGUCACGAUGGUAACCUAGUGGUAUCACCAAAACGAGGCAAGGCGGUCAUGUGGUACAAUCACUUCGUAGAUGAAGAAACAGGUUGGUUGGGAGAGAUGGAUGAAUAUUCCCUGCACGGCGGCUGUGGUCUGUGGUCUGGAGUCAAGUGGAUUGCCAACAACUGGAUUACAUCCACUGACGCACCGUGGGCUCAUUUUAAAAGCGAUCACGAUACCGAAGACAGAUAAGCGGCUGAUAUCAACAAAAUAGAUCCUUAUUAGAAUGUUCAGAGCCUUUCUAUUUUUCAACGCACUCGAUGGAAAAAGCGAGGGCGAACGCACAUAGGGGUGGGGGCGGGAUAGGCAAGACGUAUUACAAACGAGAUCACAAAUGUCUUUGCGUCGGACUCGAUCGCAAUAAAUUGUUAUUAAAUGGCUCGUUAUUGACAACAAAGUACAUCGGCUCCGUUUAGUCAGGAAGUCACGUGUGCCCACGGACGAUUUUUCAUAAUCCUUCAUAGAAUCAAC